AUGUCUGAAGAAGACUUCCCUUAUGAUAAAAUCCUCGGUGUGAGGAAAACAGAGGGAAGAGCAUCAGAAUAUUUAGUGAAAUAUAAAGGCCAAUCGUAUCAAAAGCUUGAAUGGGUUCAAGAUACGAAAAUCCGCCGUUAUAAUGACGGUCAAAACUUCAUUGCUAGAGCUAAUCGUUCAGGAAUCAAACAAGAACCACCAUUUUAUGAUCCUGAAUACGAAAUUAUUGACAAAAUCGUAUCAGAAAACGAUAAUAAAUUCCUCGUUAAAUGGAAAAAACUUGGAUACGAUCAAUUAACAUGGGAAACAACUGCUGAUCAACUAGAAAUCGCUCGUUAUCGCCAUAUGUCUUUACAAACACUUCCAACGUUAGAUGAAAGCAUGCAAAGACCAUUUGUUUUUCCAGAUCAACCAACAUGUCCAUUAUCAUCAAAUGAACUCAUUUCAUAUAAUUAUUUGAAAAAUCAAAUUCUUACAGAAAAUUUAAUUACCAUAACGGAUAAAUAUUGUUUCCGAUCAACUAAAGUAAUUUCAGCAAUAAUUUCAGAUUUACUACUCAAUCCAGAAGAAAAAGGUCCUUUCUUGAUUUUAACAGCAUAUGAUGAAGUUGAAGACUUCAAUAUUGCCUUACACGAGUGCUCAUUUAGAAACCACCCUGCAUGCUAUGUUGGUUCUAAAGAUAGCAAAGCCAAAAUGAACGAACUUGAUAUGGUUUUUGCUCCUCAUGUACUGAAAUACAAUGUAAUGAUUACAACACCAGAUAUGUUUGUAUCUGAACUUGACUAUUUUAAGAACAUUAGCUGGAGAUUACUCAUCGUAAACGAUAAUCAAACAUUUAAUACAAUAAAAAGACGUCAUUACAAAGAAAUGGAAGCUUUAGAAGUUUACAAACGUGUCAAACUUGACUUCCAAAGCCUCUCUUCCUCAUUAAAUGGCUUACAACAUAUAGUUGACGAUUUAAUGGCAAAAGAAUUCAAACCAUUGCUUACUCCUGAGGAACAUACAGCUACAGAAAAUGUCAAGAAAGUCAUAGAUCCUAUUAUUCAAGGCCAACAUAAGCGUGGAGCCACAAAUUCCAAGAAUUAUACUGUUAAUUGCCCAAUAAAUGAAAUACAAUGCCUCGCAAUACAAAGAGCUAUAUAUGAGAACCGUGAUCAUAUCAAAGAAAACGAUUUCUUCUACUUAGCCCAAAAGAUUUUCCGUUGUAUUCAUCAUCCAUUGAUUGCUUAUGGAGAUCUUGAUGUUAAAAACAUUGAUUCGUCCACAAAGAUGCAAGUUCUCAUGGAAAUGAUCAAAUACACGGUCGAAGAAGGAAAAUCUUUAGUUGUUAUUUCACAAUUCAUAACUUUCCUUGAUAUUCUUGAAGAUAUUCUUCGAACAAAGAAUUUCAUGUGGCGUAGAUUCACUCGCGUUGAUGCAUCUGCUGAAAAUGGCUCAGAAGUCUUCACAGAAGGAAAAAUUUCAGUUUUUCUUUUUGAUUCAAGACUUUCCAGCGAAAUUGAUUUGCCAUUACAUAUCAUAGACAAAGCAGUUUUAAUUGAUGAACCAUUAACAUGCUGGAUGAACAUAUUAAGGACACAUAGAGAAGGAAGAAUUUCUGUUUCAAAAGUUUCAGAAAUUUACAAACUUGAAGAAGUGAAUUUAAACGAAGAAAAACUGUUUUCUAUUUGUAAUGACUCAUCGAGUCCACAGUAUGCAAAUAUAGAGUCUAUAUGCCGUAAAGCAUCUAUAUCUGCAUCUGUUCCUUCUCCUGUUCCUGAUGAAAUUUCUCUUUUAAACGCUGCAACAUUAGAUACAAGAAGAAGCAACAAAGGUGAAGACGGAUUCGAUAUUCCUGACUUCUGGAAUGUUUUCUUCGAAGUUGUCGAAGAGCCAAAGCUUCCUAUAUUGCAGACACGUCCUGAAGGAUCGAAAUGGACUGUUUUGGAUCGAGAAAACUUAGUCAGAUGGAUACAAAGAGUUGGAUUAAACAGAACUAAUGAUUUAAUCAAACUUUCGAGAUUGAAUUUCUCUCCUGAUGAAGUCACAUUGGCUGUUAAGUCAUUGAUAAGAGAAGUACUAAGAUUAACACAAUCAUUGGCUGCAUUUCCUGUUGCAAGGUCUGUUUUGAGCCAAGAUACAGAUGAAGACAUUGAAAAACAAACAAAAUUUAUUAACGAAAAACCGUUUUCUGACCUCACUUUUGUAGAAAUGCUUCGAUUAGACGCAACACAGUUUUUAAGGCGUCUUGAGAACCUGUUUUAUAUCUAUUCUUUGUUUGAGAAAAAUCCCGAUUCGUGGACAAAUAUUCCUCCAUUAAAAUUGGCCGGUGCUUUACCAGCACAAAUCUGGAAUGAUGAUAGAGAUAAAUGUUUGUUAUAUGUAAACUACAAAUACGGAUUUGGAGUUUACGAUCAUGUCGCUGAUUCCGAUAUCCAAUUGAUCCCAAUUCUUGGAGAAUACCAACAAAACAUUGAACACAUUAAACUCGAUGAAAGAGCAUUGAGAUUGGCUGAUUCCGCCAAAAGAUUGCAACUUUCUGAUGACAAAGUUAUUGAAUCAUUGAGUCAGUUGACUUACGAGAACUGGACAAAUGAAGAAAUGUCUAAAGUCAUUGCUUUCUUGUUGAAAUUCGGUUUGGUUAAUAAAGAUGGAACGAAAAAUUACGACCAAAUCAAGGAAUCGUUGAAUUUGCAGAAAACAACAAAAGAAAUACAAGAAUACAUUGAUUUCUUACUUCUUGCAUGCGAAAAUCCACAAUCUAUUUCUAGUAACAUGAUAUAUAACACUGGACAAAAAGUUUUGCAAAGAAUUAAUGCAAUGGAAAAGUUAUUAACUCUUUUAUCAAGUUUAGACGAAAAUACUGAAAUUCCAUUCUUCGAAUCAGCUCCUAAAUGGAGAAAUGCUCCUCCGCAAUGGACAAGUGAACUUGAAUACAAGUUCUUUGUUGAAGUUGCAAAAUGUGGUUUUGGUGAAUUGAAUUUAAUAUUUUCACAAGAACCAUUUAUCAAAGUUUUCGAGAAUGGACCUCCUGCUUUCAUGCUAAACGACCAUGCCGUUGCGAAAAGAGUUGAAGCAUUGCAUCAAUUCAAGAAUUCAGGAUCAAAAGUCGUUGUUGAGAAGAAGAAGAAAUCAGAGAAACAUAAAAGAAGUGAAAGUGCUUUAUGUCCAAAACCUGUAACAGUUGCAGGACUUGCCGAACUUGAAGAUGGAGAAAUAGAAUAUCCAAUCAUGAUCACGCCUUCCUCCUUCAUUCUCAACAUUGGUAGAGUUGUCUAUGAUAGACCUGGAUGGCACACUUCGAGAUAUAUUUAUCCGGCUGGUUAUAAAUCAAUGAAACUCUUUGCUUCUGUUAAAAACCCCGAAGAAAGAGUUAAUUGGAUCAGUGAAAUCUGUGGUACAGGUAAGAAAACACCUGUUUUCAAAGUGUACAUGGAAGAUGAUCCAAAAGUUUGUUUCACGGCUGAAUCUCCUUCUGCUCCUUGGGUUAAUGUUUUAAAGGCUGUUUCUGAAGCUAAAAAAGAAAAGUCUAAAAGUAAUUCAAUUUCUGGUCCAGAUGCUUUUCUUUUAACAGCGCCCGUUGUAACUUAUUUGAUACAGAAUUUACCUAAUGCACAUAAAUGCAUGCAAUACAACUUCAAAGAGAUCAAAGGAGCUCCUGCAAAACCACCAAGAAUUGCUAAACAUGAAGAUGAAACAGAAAUUAAUGAUCAAAAUACAGAAACAACAUCAACAGAACAACAAACAAAUGAAAAUAAUGAAACUAUAACAGAUGUAAGUAAAUCACCAAAGAGAAGAUCAAGAAGAAAUGAUGAUGAUACAGAAUUAGAACCAAAUGAAGUAAUCGGAAUUGCAGCUUCUAUUCCAAGAAGAGUUCAUAAACAGGUCCGAAGAUCAAGUUCUAGUGAGUCAGAGAUUGAUUCUGAUUCAGAUAGAAGUGAUAGAAACGAUGAAGCGGAUGAGGAUGAUGAUAGAGAUGCCAUAAUAUCUGAUAUGGAUGACUCUGAUGAUUAUGAAUAA